AUGCCAGAAUAAUCAAAAAUUGCUUUAAAUUUUUACUCGUAUUAGCUCCAAUUAAAUAAAAAACUUACCUUAAAUACACAAAUAAAACAGAGAGAGGUUUCGAUCCUCCGACCUUUGAGUUAUGAGCCCAACGCGAUUCCACUUCGCCACCCUGCUCAGAGAGAGGUUUCGAUCCUCCGACCUUUGAGUUAUGAGCCCAACGCGAUUCCACUUCGCCACCCUGCUAGACUUGAAACAUAUUAUUCAGAAAUGAGAACCAGUUUAUUAAAAAUUCAGAGAGAGGUUUCGAUCCUCCGACCUUUGAGUUAUGAGCACAACGCGAUCCCACUUCGCUACCCUGCUAGACUUGAAACAUAAAAUUCAGUAAUGUGA